AUGGCCUCUACCCUGCAGAAGUUCAUUCAUUCUCUGGACCUCAGAGCCCUUCCCAGGGUCCUCCAAAUCCAGUCAGGCAUCUAUUGUCAAGACUCCAUCUAUGAGAUGUUUGGAAAUGAAUUCUCCCUCUCAACAGAAGAUGUCAUUAAAGUUAUUGGCUUCAAAAUUAAUAAACUCAUAGCAAGUGUCCAUGAGAAUAACGAAGUCAGCCAGUUUUCAGCCAAAGUGGAAUUACCACUAAAUUUUCCUGGUCUUUAUAAGGUUAUGGCAGACAAGACUCCAUAUGUCAGCAUUGAAGAAAUAGCAAGAAAAGUCUCUAUUGGGCCAACAAGGUUUGGCCAUCCUUCUUUCUACAGUGCCAAGGAUAUAAAAUUGGAAAAUUUCACCAUCAAGCAUGAUGAGCAGAUCACCUUCAACUCAGUGGAAGAGGUCCACGGAAUAAUUGCUGUGAACUGUGUCGUGGUCAGAAAUAACCAGUCUCAUUCCUUUACUUUGCCCCUUUCACAAGAAGGAGAAUUCUAUGAGUGUGAAGAUGACCAGAUGUACACUUUAAAAGAGAUUGCAGAGUGGAAAAUCCCUAAGGGUAGAAACCGGAUUGUUAAACUUUCCACUACUUUACAUAUGUGGGACUCCUAUAGUCCACUUCCUCAGAACUUUGAUGGCUAUUUGAUUCUCAUGCCUGUCUACGAAGUGCAGGCAGUAAUGAAAUUUCGAAAGGACAUAAUUCAUAUCCUCUCAGAUCUGGAUGUUGAGGUCAAGGAUGUAACAGACCAUUAUGAUAUUAGCUCUUUCCUUCAGCCACUUUCUUUGGAAGAUAUAUUUGAGAGAACAAGCAAAGAAUUUCCUAUGGUUGCUCAGAUAAUGGAAGGGCCUUCGGGAAACCAAAAACCCUAUAACUUAUUGUCUACAGGGAAAGAGAUUGUCAUCUACAAAAAGUACCAGGCAGCAAGAGUCCUAGCCUCUGAGAUGAGAAGUGAUUCCUCCAAAAGACAUUAUUUAAUCCCUAUGAGCUACAAAGGAAAGUUCAAGAGAAGACCUCGGGAGUUUCCAACUGCCUAUGACUUAGAGAUAGUGAGAAAUGAAAAAGAACCCCUUCAUGUUGUAGCAACUAAAGCCUUUACUUCCCCUCAUAAAGAGCUUUUUUCUGUUUCAGUUGGAGAUCAAUUUCUAGUUCAGCAAUGCCAGACUAGUGAAGUUCUAUAUGAGGGAGGAAAGAAACUCAUAGAUGUUUUAGCUUGUGAGCAAAUACUAAGUGACUCAUAUAAAAAAGUGCUCCUCCCUAUGUACAUGGAAGGUGGCUUUGUGGAAGUGGUUCACGACAAGAAGCAGUACCACCUCUCUGAGAUUUGCAAAGAAUUCCAUUUGCCUUUUAAUGUCAAAGUGUCUGUCAGGGACCUUUCCAUUGAGAAGGAUGUCUUGGCUGCUGCUCCUGGUCUGCAGUUUGAAGAAGAAAUCACAGACUCUUACUUGCUGAUCAGUAGUGCCAGCAGUCCAGUGGAGAGCUGGGAGAUCCCUGUGUAUCGCUUACACAUGUUGGUCCAUUUGCUCAACAAAGAUGUCCAGACAGUUGCACCGCCUGUGAGGAGGACAACAGUGGAAGAGGUCAGUGAAGAGGAAUACUAUAUGUUGAGAAGAUAUGAAAACCUAACCCUCCAUCCACCACCCAGGCCUCCCAAAAAGCCAACAACAGCACCACCACCUACUUUUGCAGUGCCUAAGCAAGAUGUGUCUGAUGUACUACAGGCUUCAAAGAAUUUCUACAUAGACAACACCAGGAAAUUGUGUUCAGAUCAAGAUGCUGCUGUUUUGGAAUUGCAAGUUAGUUGUCAAAAUGAUUUGGUGCAUUGUGAGAAUAAAGACGCGACUGGGAAAGCUGCACUAGUGGAAACCACUGUGACUAAAGGCCCAGCAAGAAACUAUGAGGCAGAAGAGGACGAGGAAGAAGAGCAUGACUACAGCUAUAUUGAUGAAAACAUAAUUGAAAACAUAAGAAAAGCAUUUCAUGGCACCAGCAUUAGAAAUGAGCACACAGUCUCCAAAGGAAGAAGGUGA